AUGGGAAAGAGAUAUCACUUUUAUCAGGGAUACACACCUGCCCAGACAGCCAUCCCAAUGGCGCUUAUGAAGGCUUUGGGAAUCGAAAUGGUGAUUCUCUCAAAUGCUGCUGGUGGAAUCAACAGUAGCUUCCAUGUUGGCGACUUAAUGAUGAUCAAGGAUCACAUCAGUUUCCUUGGUCUAUCUGGCAACAACCCUUUGGUGGGUCGCAAUAACGAGUCGAUGGGAACUCGCUUCCCUUCGCUUUGCAACGCCUACGAUGACGAGCUCCGCAGGAUUUUCCGCGCUACGGUGGAGUCGCAAGGGCAGCAAAAGAUCCUUCAGGAGGGAGUUUAUGUCUGCCAGUCGGGUCCCUGCUAUGAAACCCCAGCGGAGUGCCACUUUUUCCGACUGAUUGGAUGCGAUGCUGCGGGGAUGAGCACGGUCAAUGAAGUCUUGGCGGCACGCCACUUAGGAAUCAAGGUCUUUGCCGUGUCUCUGAUUACGAAUAUUGUUAGAGAGAAAAGCUGGAGUGAGAAAUAG